AUGAACAACAAGAUUGAACAAAUGAAUCUGAGCACUAAAGAUAACCAUUUAAAGCUGACAUUUUUUGAUCACUCCUUCUCACUCUUGCUUGCUUUCCUCUGCUCACUCUCUCUGGUGUCCAUCACUAUUGCCCCUUUCUUUGCUGUACUUGGAGGCGUUGGAGGUGUGAUUUGCAGGUCAUGCAAUCUUUCCAUCCCAUUCCAUGGAUGUCUGUUAGACCUUGGAACCUGCAGAACAAAGCCUGGUCAGUAUUGCAUACGAGAGACCCUCUCAAAAGGUGGAAUCCAGUGGUAUUCGGUGAAAGGCUGCACCGAGGACAAAUCAGAGUGCUUCAAGAGAAUUGUGAAGAAUUAUGAAAUCCGCUCUAGUCACUGCUGCCACCGACCCCUGUGCAACUUCUGAGGAAGCGGCCUAUAUCCUUGUCACUAGGC